ACUACCGCACUCUGCGGCUCCGAGCCGCGACACGUCGGCUCCGCAGGGUGAGGCCGGGCUCGGGCGGGGCCCAAGGGGUCUGCAGGGCUCGGGGCUGGUUACAGCAGCUGUACCCCUUCACGACGCAGACAUGGCGGGCCAGAAGGACCAGCAGAAGGAUGGCGAGGCGGAAGGGCUGAGCGCCACGAUCCUGCUGCCAAAGCUGAUUCCCUCUGGCGCCGGCCGUGAGUGGCUGGAGCGGCGCCGAACGACCAUCCGGCCCUGGGGCACCUUCGUGGACCAGCAGCGCUUCUCGCGACCCCGCAACCUGGGUGAGCUGUGCCAGCGCCUGAUACGCAAUGUCGAGUACUACCAGAGCAACUACGUGUUCGUGUUCCUGGGCCUCAUCCUGUACUGCGUGAUGACAUCCCCCAUGCUGCUGGUGGCCCUGGCUGUCUUCUUUGGAGCCUGUUACAUUCUCUACCUGCGUACACUGCAGUCCAAGCUUGUGCUCUUUGGCCGAGAGGUGAGCCCUGCUCAUCAGUACGCUCUGGCUGGAGGAGUCUCCUUCCCCUUCUUCUGGCUGGCCGGUGCAGGCUCCGCUGUUUUCUGGGUCCUGGGAGCCACCCUGGUGGUCAUUGGCUUCCAUGCUGCCUUCCACCAGAUCGAGGCUGUGGACGGGGAGGAGCUGCAGAUGGAGCCAGUGUGAGGUGUCUUCAAGGCCUUAUGGCCUUCAGGGCCAGCUGACCCAUCCCUGUCCAUCCCUGUCCCACACUGUCCUGCUGCUUGGGCCAAGGCUGCCUCCCAGGGAGGGGUUCCACCGUUAGAAAUAAAGCCGUUGCAGUCCUCAUCCA